AGAUGCUCACGCACGCGUAAGAGAGGGGGAGAGAGUGCUUGGCAGGCAGGCAGACAGAGCAGUGAGCAGAGAAGUGUGGGUUGUUUAAAGUGCAGCCCGGCGGUGUAGUUUGCUCAUUCACACCAUGCAGGCUCAUCUUCACCAACUAAACAACUAAAAACAAACCCUACAUCUCUAUUUUGGUUCCAGGUGACACGUGCGCGGACCUGUUGGCUGGACAACUUUUGGAUAAGUUAGCGCAAACUUUGCGAAACACAGGAGGAAGUGGAAGAGAAUGAGGCGUGGAGAGCGCAGUGUUACCGGCAGUGAGAGAGGGUGACCCUGCGUAAACUCCCGAUGACCACCUCUCUGUCGCUCUCUCUCUCAAACACACGUGAAACAGCAGCAGCGCGUGCAUGUCCAGCGCCCAGGCCAGCAUGACUCUGUCCGGCGGUCUGUCGGAUACUUGUCAGCUCGUUUUACGCGACCGCAUGGAGCCGGAGCUGUGGAUGUAGAAGGAGACUUCUUCCAAUGCUUUCUGGGGAAUAGUUGGUGCAACACGUUGUGAAGCGAACACAAGCCACAGUGCACACUUUGGAGAGAGCUACGAUGCGGGGCACUCUGGUCGCAUUCAUUCAGUCCUGUGUGAUACUGCUGGUCCGGGCAGACCAGUGGAGGCUGAAGGACUCCGCCAACUGCGAGCUGAACAAGAAACAAACUGACCUAAACUCCUUCCUGUGGACGAUCAAACGGGACCCUCCUUCAUAUUUCUACGGUACAAUCCAUGUUCCCUACACACGCGUUUGGGACUUCAUUCCUGAAAACUCCAAGCAGGCCUUCCAGGAGAGCAACAUCGUCUACUUUGAGCUGGACCUGACGGACCCUUACACAAUCUCAGCCCUGACCAGCUGUCAGCUGCUGCCUCAGGGCGAGAACCUGCAGGAUGUCCUGCCCAGAGACAUCUAUCGGAGACUCAAGAGACACCUUGAGUAUGUCAAACUCAUGAUGCCUUCAUGGAUGACCCCAGAUCAGAGAGGGAAGGGACUCUAUGCGGACUACCUCUUCAACGCCAUCGCUGGGAACUGGGAGAGGAAGCGGCCCGUUUGGGUGAUGCUGAUGGUCAAUUCGUUAACAGAGGCAGAUAUUAAGACACGAGGGGUGCCCGUGCUAGACUUGUACCUGGCCCAGGAGGCGGAGCGGAUGAGGAAAAGGACGGGGGCAGUCGAGAAGGUGGAGGAACAGUGCCAUCCACUCAAUGGGCUCAACUUCUCCCAGGUGAUCUUUGCCCUGAACCAGACGUUACUACAGCAGGAGUCUUUGAGGGCCGGAAGCCUUCAGGUCCCCUACACCACCGAAGACCUCAUCAGACACUACAACUGUGGAGACCUCAACUCCAUCAUCUUCAAUCACGACACCUCACAGGUCCCUAACUUCAACAAUGUGACACUGCCACUCAGCGAGCAGGUGACCGCCCAGGAAAUAGACAGCUACUUUCGACAGGAACUCAUCUACAAGAGGAACGAGAGGAUGGGGAACAGGGUCAAGGCACUGCUAGAGAAUCACCCUGACAAGAGCUUCUUCUUCGCCUUUGGAGCAGGUCACUUUCUCGGCAACAAUACAGUCAUUGAUGUGCUUCGUCGCCAGGGAUACGAGGUGGAGCACACCCCUGCUGGGCAGCCCAUAAACAGGAGAGCAUCAUCUCCAGAGUCAGAAGACCUCUACGAUGAGUCCCCUCUUCUGGAGCCUUUCUUCCACGAGCUUCCCCACAAGGAGGACGAUCAGGGGCGUUCCUUGGAGGACGAUCUGUUGCCCCACAUGCUGCUGCCAGCCGAUAGCCUGGAGAUGCUGGAGAAAGCGGAGCGGAAAAUGCUGAAGAAAAAGAGGAGGAACAAGCAGAAGAAACAGCGGCACCGGCAUUUCAACGACCUCUGGGUUCGCAUCGAGGAGAGACCUAUGGUCCAGUCUCCACCUCCCCCGCUGGUUCGCAUCGUCAACGGUUACAUCACAGGGAAGCCGUCUCAUAGAGCCCACAGCCACAACAACCACCAUCACAUAUCUUCAGCAUCGAGCGCCUCCUCAUCCUCGCCAUCUUCACUUGUAUUCCUCUGUACAUUGCUUACAGUGGUCCAACAGAUAUGGACCCUUAUAGAGCGUUGGAUAGGACGCUUUAAAAACAGUCAGCCAUCAUGAGAAUAAACUGUUGUCUCAUGUAAAGCGAGGUCUGAUCCUGCAGCCUCUUACAAAUUGAGGCCUUGAUGAGCAUGUCAGUUCAUAUAACCUCAUGUUUUUCAUUGGAUUAUUGGUUAUUUUACACAGCAGAGGUGAGUACACAGGAGGGGAAUUUCAAAGCUGACAGACCUGAAGCGUUAUUGAACGUUCACUGACAUUACGCAACAUGUCGGUUCCCGUAAUGUUCAUUAUUCAAAGUUCAAACCUCGCAGAAUAUGAGAUCUCACUGACGCGACUGUUUUGUGAAUAAACAGGAGAACCAUCCUGAAACUAUUGCUGAAUAUCACAUAUCUUCAAUAAGUACAACUGGAACCAUAUGUUCGUGUGUGUGUGCGUUUUGGUGAGUGAAUGAGCGAGUGUGUGUCAGACAAACAAAGUCGAUCAGCUCUUAACCCCCCCCGGCCUUACAAACAGAGGUUUUCCUCUCCAGAUGUUAAUUUAUUCUUCCAUUUUAGAAGAAUUUGUUUAAUGUUGCAUAAACAUGUGAGAGGGGGAAUUGUACAUAUUGUUUCUAAAUAUUAUAGAUGUAUUUUAGAAUUAUAAAAAAAAAGAAAAUUAUCAAAAGUUUUGUUGUUGUUUAUAUAAAUAUAUAAAUAGAUAUGCAGUAUAUUUUUGAAAAGAGAAUCAGGAACUAACCACCAUAGCCCGUGUCAUGUGUCUCACUGAAAUGACAUUUUUGAAAGGGACAUAUGAUUGUAUUGUACUUUAUGUAUCAGUGUUAUCUCUUGCUUUGCUGUAUGUGUCUGCUGAAAGGAUUCACGUUAUGUGUGUGUUUUAUUCACCUAGAAAUCAUUUGUUUAAUUUAUUUAACUACUUUAGUUUUUACUUUAGACCAUACUGUAUGAAACAUUCCCAGUGUUGUUUUUUUCCAUUUUUCCUUUAACAACUAUUUUAAUUGUAUUAUUUGAAAUGUUUUCAAGCAUGAUUUCCAAUGCAUUUGAUGGUUGUAAUAAUAAUUCUGGUUUUAAAUACAUGAAGCUGUCUACACAGAUAGACAACAUACAGCAAAGUGAUUUAGGCCGUAAACAUUUUUCUUAAGGCACGAGAUGAUUGUAAUAGUAUUACCAUGACAACAAUAAAAUAUUUAUCUAGAUUAAAA